UCAAAACAUAGUUGUCUGUGUUUUUAUCCAAGGCAACAGGACUUUCAACUAUUUAACUCAAUUCGUUUUAUAUGUCAAAAUUAUAAGUUUGUGAAAGAGAUGUGAUUUGAAUAGGUUUUUUUGACUAAAUUUAAAGUGAAAUUUCAAUACAAAUGUUAGUGGAUCAGAAAGAGAGAAGAAAAUCUGCUGAUUAAGGGUGUUCUUAGACUGUGGCCAAGAUGAAAUCCAAACAACCCCGAUUCUUGAACGAGGUCAUGGACGCUAUAGCGGUCCUCAAGGACUCUAAAGGUUCCCCAGCCAAGAAAGUCAUAGAAAGGGUCGAAAAGGGCAUAUCAAAAGUAUCUAACCUUCGGAAUCCGGUCGGACAGAUCCAAAAAGCCUUACUUUACGGCGUCGACAAUGGCCUGAUCACGCAAAAUGGCGGGAACUUCAAGCUCGGACUCAACAACAAGGAAUACCAACUGUUCAAGGACUUCAAGAGCUUGUCAGGCGAUGGUUUGUUCAGGGAACACAGACGACGUGGACGUAGGGGUCGUAGGAAGGGACGUAGGAGGAGUCGCAGAGGAAGAAGGAGGGGUAGGAGGAGGAGUGCAGGCAUAUACUCAGCCCAAUUAGGACUCGAAUCAGAUCUUGUUCCGGAAGAUAGAGCAAGAAGGAGGCGGCGAAAGAGAAGGAGUAGGAGAGGAGGAAGACGAAGGAGGCACGAUGCCAGGGUUAUUUUGCAGGACAAUGCGGCCGUUAAUGAAGUCAAAGUAGCUGAGAUCGUCAACACACCCAAACAUUGUACGAGGCCAGCAAACAGUCAAAGGGUCGAGAGGAAUGAAACUACAGGACGAGGUUGUUUCGUCCCUAAUAGCAGAGAUACUAAUAGCAACUGUCCUGAUUCCAAUAAGAAUCAUACGUGCUAUGGAAAUUCUGGUUUCCUGUGUGAGAGACCGGAAGUCAAUAAUAGGCACCCGCCAUGUUACAAUAAUUGUCAAGGAAAUUGUAAUUGUCCUCAUAACAUGUAUUGAAUUUAAAAUGUGUGCACACUGUAAAUUUUACUGGUGCUUGUGAUAAUGAUAUUGUGUGAUUACUUUAUUACCAAUUAAAAAAGUAUUUUGUUG